AUGCCUGAGCAAUUUGUGAGUGGCAAAAUCCAGCGCAAUAAAGUGACUGCGUUUGGGAAGUCUUCUCGUCUUUAUUGUCACAUAGCAGUGGAGCUUCUGGAGGUACUCAGUGUUGAGAACUUGGAAUACGUUGACCUCCCAACCCGCAUGGAUAUGUCCAAUAUUCAGAACUACAUGGAGUGCACUACCGGGUCCAGAUCAGUCCCCAAUCUUUUUAUUGGAGAAACUUGUAUCAGUGGUUAUGACAACCUGAACGCUCUAAAUGACAGUGGAGAACUUGUUCCAAGAUUAAAGCGAAUUGGUGCUUUGUAG